AUGGAGCAGGACGGGUUCAUCGUCGUGCUUCGAGACAGCGAACGCCUAGAAGAUGUCCCUCAAUACUUCCUCGACAAGUACUUGUUAGAGAUCGACAAAACCAUUGAUGGUCUUCAGGCUUCUCUGUGGCCUCUAAACAACUUCAUACACGAGAAUCCCGAACUCGCGUUUGAAGAGCACAAGGCACACGAUGCCUUGACGCAUUUCAUGCGUUCGUGUAACGGUUGGCAAGUUACGACAUCAGCGUAUGGAAUGGAGACGGCAUGGGUAGCGGUCUACGACAGCGGAAAGGCGGGACCUGUUGUGUCUUUCAAUGCUGAGAUGGACGCGCUCCCCAACCUAGGUCACGCAUGUGGUCACAAUCUCAUCGCCACAGCUUCAGUCGCUGCUGGUCUUGCGACAGCUGAGAUGAUCAAGCGACACGACCUGCCUGGCAAGGUUGUCGUCUUUGGCACGCCGGGGGAGGAAGGAGUCGGGGGCGGCAAGAUCCGUCUUCUCGAGGCAGGCGCCUACAAAGGCGUCGACAUCUCCCUCAUCUCGCACCCGGGCAUCUUGCACAACAGCCCUCUUGUUCGGACAACGGCAUUUGCUCGCCUCGAGGUUGAGUACUUUGGACGGGCAGCGCACGCAGCAAACAGCCCCUGGCUGGGUGUCAACGCGCUCGACGCGGUAGUGAUCGCGUAUAAUGCAGUGUCGGUCCUGCGCCAGCAGACAAUGCCCAGCGAUGUCAUCGGCAUGAGCAUCACCAACGGUGGAGCAGCGCCGAACGUCAUCCACGCGUAUGCCGCCGGUGUUUGUGUAAUCCGCGCAAGUAGUGCUUCCCGACUCCAAGAACUCCGGCAAAAAGUCAGCGCCUGCUUUCGCGCUGGAGCCGAGGCCACCGGUGCGAGGGUCGAGAUCAAAAUCAUUCGAGGGUACGCUGACCAUGUGCCGAACCGCGUGCUCGCAGCAUCGUAUACGAAGUACUGGAACUUGUUGCCGGACUUGCCGGACCCGCGGAUACCAUCUGGGGACGAGUAUACUUGGGUCAAGGCGAGCACAGAUCAGGGAAACAUUAGUUAUGCAAUGCCGAGCGUGAACGCGAGCUUUGCAAUUCCACCAGGUCUACAGGCGGGACAACCGCACACUCCAGACUUCGAGGAGGCAUCGGGGACUAAGGAAGCCUUCUUGCGAGCGCUGAGAGUGGGAAAGGCCCUAGCAGGGACGGCGGUAGACGUGCUUAGGAUACCUGGGUUGAUUGACAAGAUCACGGACCAGUGGAGACGAGACAUGGACGCCAUCAAAGAACAGAGGAUUGAUAUCGUAUAA